GAAACACGUAAAGAAAAAGGAGGAAUGAGGAGAAUCUCAAUCAAUUCCAAAUGUGAGCCGACUAGCUUUGAUUUUUUGCGCUUUUUUCACUUUUCGAAGAGACCCCACCAAUUUUGUCGAGUUCAUCAGUUCAGUUCCGAAAUUAGAACUAUUUCUUUCCCCAUAAAGUACGGCUUUCCAAGUUGAGUAAUCUAAUUCCACCACAUGUGCCUACGUCUUCCCCUGCAAACACAAAAAUGGCUCUAGCAUUUCGUUCUUCAAUUUCUUUCAUCAACCAGAAAGAGCCCAAAGCUCUCGACGACGUCGUCUCUGCUUCAGUUUCCUUCGCAAAAAUAAAGCCAUGGCUCCGCCUGCAAGCCAAGCACUCACCCUCGAUGCACGAAUCACCAGCCAAACGUGACAGUCAUCGUCGUCAUCAUCAGCAGCAGCACUCGAGCCAUCAUCACACGAGGAGGAAGAAUGAGAAGGUGGAGAAGGUGCACGCGCCUUCGGCUGCGCGUGGUCACAAUCACAGCAACCACAAGGAGUGGAUGAAGGUGCCGGUGUUCGUGAUGCUGCCAUUAGACACAGUGACGAUGGGAGGGACUUUGAAUAAGGCGAAAGCGAUGAAUGCGAGUCUGGUGGCUCUCAAGAGCGCCGGAGUUGAAGGAGUGAUGGUGGAUGCUUGGUGGGGUUUGGUGGAGAAAGAUGGCCCUUUGAAUUACAACUGGGAUGCCUAUGUUGAGCUUGUCAACAUGGUGCACAAGCAUGACUUGAAGCUUCAGGUUGUUAUGUCUUUUCAUCAGUGUGGAGGCAAUGUCGGAGACACCUGCAGCAUCCCUCUGCCGCCAUGGGUGCUUGAAGAAAUAAGCAAGAAUCCGGACCUGGUUUACACCGACAAAUCAGGGAGGAGAAAUCCUGAGUACAUCUCGUUAGGCUGUGAUUCACUGCCUGUCUUGAGAGGAAGGACACCGAUUCAGGUGUACGGUGAUUACAUGAGGAGCUUCCGUGACACGUUUAGAGAUUACUUGGGCAGUGUCAUUGUGGAAGUUCAAGUGGGAAUGGGUCCUUGUGGGGAGCUCCGAUAUCCAUCUUAUCCAGAAAGCAACGGAACUUGGAGUUUUCCUGGCAUUGGAGAAUUUCAAUGCUAUGACAAGUAUAUGAAAGCAUCUCUGGAAGCAUCAGCAGAGGCCAUCGGAAGGAAAGAAGGGGGAACAAGCGGACCACAUGACGCAGGGCAUUACAAUCAAUUCCCCGAGGAGUCUGGAUUCUUCAGAAGGGAUGGAACAUGGAACACUGAGUACGGACACUUCUUCUUGGGCUGGUACUCCGGCAAAUUGCUAGAACACGGCGAAAUGAUCCUCAAAUCUGCCAAUGAAAUAUUCCAACAUUGCGGGGUGAAACUUUCCGGGAAAAUUGCGGGCAUCCACUGGCAUUACCGAUCCAGGUCUCACGCUUCUGAGUUAACUGCUGGAUACUACAACACUCGAUUCCGUGACGGAUAUCUACCAAUAGCAAGAAUGCUGGCAAAACAUGGGGUUGUAUUCAAUUUCACCUGCAUGGAGAUGAAAGACGGAGAGCAGCCAGAACAUGCAAAUUGCUCACCUGAAGGGUUAGUUCAUCAAGUGAAGAUGGCAACUAAGGCAGCUGGAGUAGAACUUGCUGGAGAGAAUGCAUUGGAGAGAUAUGAUGAGCAUGCUUAUGCCCAAGUUUUGGCAACAAGCAGAUCAGACUCAGGCAAUGGAUUGACUGCAUUUACAUACCUAAGAAUGAACAAAAAGUUGUUCGAAGGAGAUAAUUGGAGGCACCUCGUAGAGUUCGUGAGAAGCAUGUCUGAAGAUGGUCGGAGACACAGACUUCCGCACUGUGAUUCCAAUGGGACCGAUCUGUACGUCGGACAUAUCAAAGGAACUAAGAAGAAACAAGGCCAAGGUCAAGAGGUUGCUGUUGUGUGAAUAUUUACGGAGGCAUGUUCAGGCGUCCGGGGGGGGGGGAUACAUAUUCAAAAGCACAGUAAAAUAUUACAGAACAAUCACAAAAAGUCAGAGCAACAGAGAAAAACGGAAAAGUCGUGACAGCAAAUACAGAAGAACUGUGGCAUACGUGAUGUGCCAUGUCAAAACCUGCGAUGGUGAAGACAUUAUUUUAUUUAUGUCAUGUAUGUAACUCCAAUAUGAUUGGAGAAAACCUUUAUAUAUAAAGGUCCCCUACAUACUGA